UUGAGCGACAAUCACCAUUACCUGGCAUUGACAGAGCACACUAACAACAAAACUGUUGGAUUUCACGGGAUACAUAAUCACUGUAUUCCCUUACUGCGUAGAGUUGUAGCUUUUUCAAUCAAGGAAUGUAAUAUACUCUGGCAGAUGGAUGUGAAGAUAAAAUAUCUAUGCUGUAAUCCCCUCAAUUCUUCAACACAGGCUGGUGUCUGACAUCAGGAAGUUGGCAUCAGUGUAGACUUCUAACAAAGCUCAAUGCCAGAAAAUUGGACUUGCUCAACUUGAUUUUAGAACUUGCUCAACUUGUUUUCCAUGUGUCGCCAGAAACACAGAGGCGUGCUGAUGGGGUUGUGUGUGGACAUAUCUGACAACAGUUGAUAAUCACAGAUGAAGAAAACAAGUGCGUGAGGAUCAAAGUGGUACAAACCUCAAUGUGUCAAAUUUGAGGAAAAUUAUGAAAGCAAUGUUUUUGUGGUGGUCGCUUGCAAUCCUUCUCUUGAUCCAGAUUUUCGCUUCAGCUUUGGAGUUGGAGAUGCUUGACUAUAAGAGUGAACACUUCACCUGUUCAAAGGGUAUCUCUAACUGCACAGUGAAGGCAAGUGCUGUGGUUCUGAUCCAAGAGUGUCCUGUCGAUCUGGAGGUGCAGCCGGUGCUGUGCUGCAGACAGGGCAUGGCAUGCAGACCCUGCCUACACAUUCACCUUGACAUCCAGCCCAGAAACCACCAGACAGCAUCAUAUGUGAAUGUAUGUUACAACGUACCAGAACUAGGAAUGGACAUUUGCAAGAUUCUGGAGUUCACAGUGAUCCCUGCUGCUCUGGAUGGGCAAGCUACAUCCAAGCAGGCAUGGCUGUCACUGCUGCUUAAAGAUAAUGCAGUGUCCUUCAACAGUCAGGUGACUGUGUAUGUUUGUUCCCACCACUCGAAAGUGGUACUUCCCUCAGUGGAUGAAGUGUGCUCAUCUGCUGCACAGGGGGUUGUAGAAGAGUGUGACAGACACUCUCCCAGAAGGAUGUUGACAUGUUCAGGUGUGUUUGGGAAAUUGCAGUCAGGCUUUCUUAUGUCUCUCUCUCAGCAGUGGGGUCCUCCUGGGUCUCCUACCAUAUUCAUAACCCCUUUCAUUGAGUUGGCAACGGAUGGUGUGUACCUUGUGUCUGAAGGUCAGCUUGUGUUUGAAGUCCCUAGUUUCAGCACCCUGAUUGAUCAGGAAAGUAAUGAGGUGAGGCUGCAAGUCAACAAGGCAGAUGACAGCCCCUACCCACUGGAAAUGUGCCUACAACAUGAAGAUAACGGAGUGUGCAGGACCUGUAAGGAGAGUACAGUUCCACUGCACUCUGUCACCCCCUGCAUGUGCUUCCAGGUGUGGUGGAAUAAAGGAGACGAGAGGUCUCAUCGAUCCAUUAGCUGUCCCUUUAGAAACCACACCGAGCUGCUGCAGAGGAAUGUAUGGGAGAAUGUGUCAGUAUCUGUGGUGCAGGGCCAAAUGAACAGUGGUGGUGCCAUGCUAUCCUGGAACCUGACUGCCCCCUGUAGGGUGGAGGCAGAAGUGUGGCCCUGCCAGAAAGGGGCAGGCUUGGACAUGGACAGGUGCACAGAGCUGUUUGCCUUUAGGCAGCAUCUGUCAGAUGACAUUUGGAGGGAAAACAGCAGGGGACACUGGCUGAUGCCCGGUGUGUUUGAGGAUGUCGUACUUGGCCUUGAUCUCUGUGUGAUGGUUAAAGGGAAGAACAGUGAGCUUGGCCCCUUCUGUCCCAUUGACUCCAGUUGGUGGCACUGGCGCUGGAGUCUGUUGGUCCUGCUCUCCCUGAUGCUGGCUGUCCUAGCAGCAAUUUGUCUAUAUUUCCUGCAUGGUAAACUGAAACGGUGGGCAUGGGAAUGGUACCAGAAGGAGUGUGGUCGACUAGCCAACAGGGGACACAUAGUGCUGCUGAGCCCGCCGGACGUGGAUGGCUCUGUGUCAGAGCUGGUGUGUGAGCUCGGUUCCUCUCUGUGUGCCCAGGGCUUCAGUGUCUCUGUGGACCUGUGGAGUCGGGCUGAGCUGUGCUCUCUGGGGCCCCUGCCAUGGCUGCACUCCCAGCUGCAGCACCUGGACAGUCAAGGGAUCCGGGCAAUACUGGUACUGACACAGGCAGCCUGGGAGAGGGCAGAGGACUGGGUCCGACAGUGGGACCAGCAGGGCCAACAGGGAAAGGAUAUAGUCCAGGGAGUGGAGAAGGAGGAGGGGGGUGAGGAGGUGGAGGGGGAGGAUAAUGGGCUUCUCCAGGGCUUGUCCUCCCCGUAUGCAGACGUGUUCAGUGCCGCUCUGAGCUGCAUCAAGGCAGAACACAAACUGGGCUGUGCCGGAGAGCGCUUCCUCCUGGUGCACUUUGAGGCCCAUUCUGCCAAGCCCCCCAGCAGUGAGAGGGGUCUCCCAGAGCUGUUUCAAGGGCUGCCCAUGUUCCAUCUGCCCUCACAGAGCCAGGGGCUUCUCGCUGAGCUGGCCAUGGGGCCCACAGUUCCCGAGGCUGGUAUAGGUGGACAUAGGGUCUGAAGGAAGCUACACAGACAGAGACUGUCUGGGGGACUUAUGCUUUUGUGGAGAGACUCAGGGGGGUACCUGAUUAAGGAACUGCCUCAUAAGUGUGUUGUCACUGGAUCGCAGGCCGUGCCGUUACAGCAGAACAGUCACCCUGAGAUCAAAUCUACCCCAACCACUAAGACAAUACCGGCCCCCCUCAUCACCCCAAUAACCCCAGACUUUACAUUCACACUGAAUACACUGGACAUGCAAUGUGUUGGAUGCAGAAGCCUUGGAUUGUAUUUGGUGAUGUUAUGAGGGCUUUUAUUGAGACAAUACACAGUGUGUAACCUACAGUAGGCCUACACCUUCAGGAAGGACUUCUAUGUGUGAAUUAUUAUGUAGGCUACAUGAAAUGUUUAACAAUUGUUCUUUAUCUUACUCUUAAUUCAUGAUUUGUAGAUAGAAAUGUCUGAAAGGCCUAUUGGAAUAUUUGCUGGAUCAAAACUCAAGAUAGGACAAACCUGAAUGAUAUGCAGUAAUCCAGAGGUUAGAGAGGCAGACCAGCAGCUGGAAGGUUCACGGUUUUAAGCCCCGGGCCAGGCAACACAAAAAUGGAACUGAACUGGCAGCUGGAAGGGUGCUGCUCUCUGAUCCCAUGUAAGAUCACCUGUCAUUGUUCCCUUAAGCAAGGCACUCUACACCCAACAUUUGCUCUCCAUCCAGGGGUGCUGCCCUGCUGCUGACCCUCUGCCUCUCCUAGUGUGUGUGUGUCUGUGGGUGUUGAGAAAGGCAGAAGACAAAUUCCUCUUCUAACCAGUGGACAAUAAAGAUAUAUUUUAUUAUAUUCUCCUUAUCUGUUUAUGCAUUAGUGUAGAAAUUAAAUGUGGUAAGCCUAUGUAAAUGACCCAAAUGAUUAUUGACCAAAACAUAAUCUCCAUCAUGGACUGAAUAAUGCAUUAUUUUUUUCAAUGUUCAAGAUGAACAAUAAAUAUAUUUCGAUACAAACAA